UCUAUUUUUCUCCAAAUUUGGAUUCAUAUUGAAUGACUAUAUUGGCCCCACAUUCUUCUCUAGCUAUUCUCCCUGCAUCCCAGCCCUCCUUUUCUAACUUUGCCAACUCUACUUGUUCCUCUCCUAUCUAUUUGUUCUUUUAUCAAACUUUGUACCUUCUAGUGUCAAGCUCACUUGUUUCUCCAAACAGGGAAAUUAUGAGUUAUCACACAGAGAUUACUGUUACAAGUACAACUACCAUUGAAAGCAACAAUCCUUAUGUUUAUAUUUCCUCUGCUCCCCCUUCCCCGGCAGCAGCUGACAGACAUUCCAAUUCGAGGGAUAAAAUAUAUGGUGCAAUAAAUAAUUAUGGCAAGAAGGUUCAAGAAACAACUAAACAAGCUGAGACCAUGGUUAACAAUAUACUUCAUCACUUAAGGGUUAGUUCUAAACCAGCUGAUGCUGCAAUUGCUAAACUUAUUCAAGGAACAAAGGUACUUGCAUCAGGAGGUCCUGAAAAGCUAUUUCAGCAAACAUUUGGGGCUUUCCCAGGAGAGAAACUCUUACAGCCAUAUGCUUGCUACCUAUCCACAGACUCCAAGCCUGUGAUUGGAACGCUUUAUAUAUCAACUAAAAGAUUAGCAUUUUGCAGUGACCAUCCACUAUGCCAUCAUCCAUUCUCCCUGCAGCAGCAGCAUCAAUGCAUUUAUUAUAAGGUGAUAGUGAAUCUGGACCAGUUGAGCAAAGUCUGUUCUCUUACAAAUGGAUUGAAUCCAUCAGAAAAACACAUGCAGGUUAUCACAACGGAUGGCUACAAGUUCAAUUUUAUGGGAUUUUUGUCAUAUGACAAGGCUCUCAAGACAGUAAACGAGGCUCUAAAGCAUAAGGCAGGAACCAUCCCUGUGUUCAUGCAGUAACACUUCACCUAUGUGCUUAAAAUUACUCUUGGAUUUGCAUGUACCUUUAAGAAAAGGCUCAUAACAGAACUUAACACAAUGAGCAAACUCUUCUAUGCACCCUUCCCCAUGUUAAACCCAAAAAAUAAACCUAAAAUAAUGCAUGUUAUACUUUUUCACUAUGUUCUUUAUUUAAGAAAACUCUGUUCCAAUU